CUACCUACUGAGAUUCUGAUGUAUAUUUGUGAUUUUGUGGAUGCCAAGACGAUAAUUAAAAGUUUAUGUAAAGUUUGUCAAGCGUUUCAGCUGAUAUUCUCGGGUGAUGUUUAUUGGAAGUUGAGAAUAUUUAAAAGAUGGCCGGAACAAUACCCUGCUGUUUCAGUUGAUGAUUUUGAUUGGAAAGAAGGCUGUAUAGCUCGAGAAGAUUACAAUAGAAAAUGGCAGAAUCCUGAAGAAUAUUAUCACCAUAUAUCAUACAGUGCUGGUUUAUUCGCAGCAGUUGAUGCUGUACAUUUGAUGAAGAAUGGGUCAAUAUUGGCAGCUGGCUCUAGAGAUAGAUAUCUGACUGUUUUAAACCUUGACCGGUACGAUUCAGACCAGCCUGUAGAUAGUAUGAAAGAUAUGCUGGUAUAUAGUGACAGGAAGGAACACACAGGUUGGAUCUGGUCUCUGGCGUCUGUUGAUAAUCAGCUGGCUACAGGCUCCUGGGAUACGUUUAUAAAAUUAUGGGAUGUAGACGCAGGAUGUGAGUCGAUAUCAAAAUUCAAAUGUAAAUCAGCAGUACUCUCCCUUUAUAUGGAACCAGGCUUUAUAGCCGCAGGAAGUUACGAUAAAUGUUUAAAUUUGAUCGAUCCACGAGAUGGGAAAGUUGACUCCAAACGUUUACAUCGUCAGCCUGUUUUAUGUGUUGCCGGGGACGAUAAAUACAUCAUAACAGGAAGUGAAGAUAAAACGAUCAAGAUUUACGACCGACGGGCGGGAUCACUUUAUAAAACGCUAGAAGACUGCUAUCCAUUAGAUUUAAAUUAUGGUGAUAAUCAACUCUGGUUUGGGGAUAAAACAGGAAAUUUACACCUCAUCAACACGACACAUGGUGAUUUUAAUAUGGUGGCAACAUACGAUGUCGGCCAUACUGGUAAACUGACUGGUGUACAAAGAACUCCUGGAUCAAUUUUUACUUCGAGCAGCGAUAACACGAUAAAAGUUCUACAACCUACAUUAAAUCCCACGGCAAUGACUACGCUUAAACAUCAUGAU